AUGUUUAACCAACCACCGAAAAUUUUACGUAUAAAGAGAAAAAGACAUCAAGACCCAUUACAAGCCUUGAUUCUUGAGGAUAGAAGAUCGGUAAAGCGGUCUAAACCUUCAUCACCGGUGACAUCACCUCGAUUAUCACCCACAACUACUACUCCUGUCACCACCACACCACUGGAAAACCACAAUUAUGUUUUCAAACUAGCCCGAACAGAUGAAUCUGACAAGGUCAAUGCUCAUGAUGAAUCAAUUAUUCAAACAAUAUUAUCUGAAUCACAAACUGGUAUUGAUGAGAAUAAUUUAUCAGAACCCACCAAACGAAAUUUUGUCAUUCCCAAACACCAAACAGAAGAAGAUAUUGAAAUUCCAAAUGAACUUUCUGAUAUGCUUGAUUCCUUUUUAUCACUUGAGAAAAAUAAUGACACCAAGCGAAGGAAAAGAGGAAGGAGAAACACUAGUGAAGAAUCUUCACGUCCUACACAAUUGGUCAAUGCAGAGAAUGACAAUGUUGAAGAAGAAGAGACCCAAUACGUUUAUGAUGUCUAUCAUUUGACUGAUAGUGAACCAAUGACUUCAGCAAACCAUCCACUGACACAAAUAGGAUAUAUUCGAUUUUUUGAAGAUGAAAAUGAAACCAAUUUAUUAAUGAAUGAUGAAGAAGAUGAAACCAAACCCAAUGUGUUGACCGAUGAUGAAGAUUCUAAUGCCGAGUCAUUUUAUCAAAAUGAUUAUCCUAGUGAUGAAGAUGCCGGAGCUUUUAGUGAACAAGACUCACUAGAAGAAGAAAAUGAAGGUUAUGUUCCUCAUGAUGGGGUUGGAUUCAAAGGUGAUAAUGAAUAUUUUGAUUAUGAAGAAUUGGAAAAUCUUGAUGCUGAAGACAACUAUUAUGAAGAAGAAGAAGAAGCAGAUUAUGAAGAUGAAUCUAGUGGGUUUAAACGCAAUCAGUUUUUCAAGUCUGAUAUUGAUGAUCCCAUCGCGAUACAUAGAGAUAAAGUAUUUAGUAAACUAGAGAAUAUGAUAAAUAACAAAUAA